AUGUCGGCGACUGCUGCGGAGAUGGCUGCGCUGCAGGAGAUCGUCAGAUCGACUAUGGGUGCCAUUAUGAUCGGUCUGUUCUUUAGUUCCACUUUCUUCGGCAUCACUCUGUUGCAAACAUAUCAGUACUACGACCGCUACUGGUCCGACGCCUGGUGGCUGAAGCUCUUCGUUGCUGUCAUAACGAUCCUAGAUGCGCUUCAGCUCGUCACCGUCGUCCACGCGAAUUGGUGGUAUCUCAUAGCAAACUACGCCAAUCCGCAGGCGCUCCAAUACGUUCCAUGGAGUCUAGGACUGGAGACGGGAUUGACUCAACACACGCAGCUCGCCGCAACGAUCGGGACGAUCAUCUGGGCAUCGACCGCCGCGCUCGCGUGCAGUAUCGCGGGUGAUGUGCUAAUCACGCUCUCGAUGUGCUACUACUUGUAUCUCGGCCGGUCGGGCAUCGCUAGGUGCGUGCGGCUCGGACAAAAUGAUCAUGUGCUCAUGAAGUAUACAGUCAACACCGGAUUGCUGACGACCGUGGCCGCGAUCUGUACCAUCAUUCUGUCAGAAACGCUCUCGAAGACGUUCUGGGACACGAUGUUCUACUUCGUCGUCAGCAAGUGCUACGUCAACUCCACGCUCGCAACGCUCAACGCGCGCGAGAAGCUGCGCAACCGCGUGUACGUGGGCACCGCGUCGGGCCCGACGGCGGGCGGCGCGAGCACGGGGUACCGCCCGUCGCUGUCGUUCGCGCCCAUGGACCCCGUGCAAAGCGCGUUCACCCACUACACGGAGGACUCGACCGCGUCGGUGUUCAGCGGGACGGUCGUGGGCUCGGGCCGCCAUGUCGACGAGGAAGAGGAGGACAAGGACGAGCGGAGGAAGGCCGGGGGCGGCGGGUAUUUGGUGUGA